AUGGCGACGAGACCCAAAGACAUCGAGCCCGAACAUCUUAGAUUUGAGUUCCUUCUUCGUCACGUCGACGAUGAACCGUCGAUUGCCGAUGAAUGGUCCCUCACUGAAGCCAUUCGAAGAAUCAUCCAAACCGCCGUGAAUUUUGCGGUAGUUGGCGAAGUCGACGGUGCAACCAGACUUCUCGAAGCACUUACAAGUAGAGGUUUUGAUCCGUUCAAAUACUCUGAUUCCAAUUAUCCCUUCUUGAAGCCUUGCAUGUUUUUCGCCUGGGACGCAACGUCGUCAUGGCCUUCAUGGAUUCCUGAGGAGGAACGCACAGAAGAAAAGCUUCAAGAGCUUGAGGUCGAAGGAAGAAAACACUGGCUCGAGCGAUUCAGUCAGGAAUGGACAGUCACAGAAGAUACCGCCGAAAAAGCUUUGGACAUGGCGUAUAACGGCUUAACUACGACCCUGCCAGACUACAAUGGAACACUCGCUGGACAGGUCGCACAGGCAGAAGCCAUGACCGCGAAUGCCAUGUGGUGGCGUCAAGGCAUUUUCCCCUACCCAUUUGUUCAACUGUACCGCACCGCUGGUUUGAUGAUUGCCCUGGAUAUAUAUCUGCGCCUGGGUAUUGAGGAUAAGGCCCGAGAGCUAUUCAUGAGAAUGUGCGAUCGUUUUCACGCCGAAGAACAAGUUGAACAGCUCGUCUGCUCUAGAGAGGCGUGGAAACAGAUUCUUGCCGUUCCCGAGCGACCCAUCCUGGACUUUCUCAACAUUCACGCAGCCAAGCUCCGGCCAGCCGUGACUCGUGCUUGUAAAAUGAUUGAGAGUCGCCUGGAGGGUGGACCGAGACGCCGAUAUGCAGGUCAAUCCAUUGAGAAGCUGGUCCAUGUUAUCAGCGAGAAUACGUUCAAAAACUGCCCCUACGACAGGCUGGAUGCCUAUCGUCCGCCUGGUAACCUCCGGAAUCGGCCAAAAAAUGCCGAUGGCCUACUUGAAUGGGGAUGUACCGUUGCGGGUAUACGAGCUCUGGAGGAACGGCUAGGCGUGACUCUUCCUGAAGACUAUAAAGAGUUCCUCAGCAUUACAAAUGGUCUUGAUUCAAUGUGGGAUGGCCAGAAUCUUGUAGACUACCUGGCUGGUGCCCAGUAUGUCAACUGGCAAGAGGUUGACUUCCUUGAAGGCAAUGAACUACCUGUUCUUAAAGACGGAGAGCCACUAGUAUGGACGAAAAACAUGCUAGAGUGGCCAAAGAUCGAAAAGGCUAGGUGUAUCUGUCUCUCGGGUGAUAUCAACCAUGAAGAAAGGGCUGGCCAUUUCUUCCUCAUAGGUCAGGAUCUGCUUCAACCAGCUAAAGAUUACUUCUUCAAGACAUACGAGGAAAGGAAUGACACUCAGCGUCGUGAGCUUGACCGACUUGUUCGAGAGACGUACGGGAGCAUGGAAAACUUCAGCAACCUCGAAUGGGGACUUAUUAGUUGGACUGCAUGGGACUUUACUGUUUACCCAUACAAUGGGAUCCGAGACUUCUUGGAACAGAUGGCCGAGGCGUCUUUGCGGCAGGAGAGACCUUGGCUGAAUAUGUUUGAGCCGAGAUUUAGACAGAUGGCAAACGCAUAA